AUGGAAGAAUUUGAAUUCAUUUUUAUGUUAGAAUUUUGGCAUAAAAUUUUAAAUGAAUUUGAGAAAACUUCAAAGUCCCUACAGAAUUCAGAAGUCACAAUAAGUACAACUUCAAACUUAUACUCUUCUCUGGCUCAAUUGGUGCAAACUUUUCGUGAUAACUUUGAUAAUAUUGAAUCGGCGGCAAAAGAAAAACUCCCUGAUGUAGAUUACAAAUCUGCAACAACAAGAAGAAGGAAAAGAAAGAAACAAGUUAAUGAUGGGAAUACUAUAGAUGCUGACGAAACUCUUUCUCCACGAGAUAAAUUCCGGAUUCAGGCGUUUUAUCCAAUGGUCGAUGCACUUAGCACCAAUUUAGAAAAACGAUCUAAAAUUUACAGUGAAAUUUCAGAAAUGUUCUCAUGUUUUACUGAUUUAAAUGCUAGUCUGAGCGAUAUUCAAAAAGGUAUAGAUUCAUUGAAAGAGAAAUACUCGGAGGAUGUGCAAAAAGAUUUUGCUCAUGAACUAGAUCAUUUUCAUUUGUAUGUAAAAAAACAUCAUUCGGAAAAAAGAAACAUAUCUCAUGAAAUGCUUUAUGAAAUCAUUGUUUGUGACAAAAUAGAAGUUGCUUUUCCAAACGUUGAAGCUAUUCUACGCUUGUUUUUGAGUCUCAUGGUAACUAACUGUACCGGCGAAAGAUCGUUUUCCAAAUUAAGGCGAAUUAAAAACUAUUUGCGCACUACCAUGUCUCAAGAAAGACUCACAGAUUUGACAAUUUUAUGUAUGGAGUACGACAUACUCCGAAGUUUAAAUUUCGAUGACAUUAUUGAGAAAUUCUCACUUUCAAAAGCUCGAAAAAGUAUAUAA